UCGUUGAGCGGAGCAUAUUAUGAAGGAUUUGAGGCUUAACCGACAUUUGCUCAGCUACAGCGAGAGACUCCCUUUGUUAUUACAGGACCAUCGACAAUGGCACUGCGCUUUUGCUGUGAAUCCGCGGCUGUCAAAUCGAUGAUAUAUGUCAUUACGCUAACGACGGUCGCUGGGUUCGUUGGAUACCUUGUCUGCAGUGAAGGUGCCCAAAUCAGAUUUAGCAUCAUCUUUAACGGCGGUGAGACGGUUUGUGGUAUGCAUGUGUACAUGCUGAAAUGGGAACGUGGUCUGUGGACACUAGCGGGGGUUUAUUUUGAACAAAUACCGACCGGUCUUAUCUUUUACGCCAAAGUACCUCGAAUGGCAGCCAAGGUUCUUAGACCGAUGUUGGUAAAUGCAACAAGGGAAGUGCCAUUGUCGUAUCAUCAUAUAACAAGACUGUCCCUCGGCGCCACGCCCGCCCUGUUAACGCUGGACGACGAUAAGGCAGAUGCGAUCCUGGAGGCGGUUAGAAUGCUUUUCUAUGGAAAACAUAUAUCUCCAUUUAAGAAUGGCACCGCGGAUAUUCUUAACAGCACCGAUAGAGCUUUCUACUUGUGGGUCACAAUAUCGUUUUUGCUCAACGAAACAUUCACCAGAUCGAAUGCCGCAGCUCUCGAACUUGGAGAAGAAACGUUGCAGUUGGCGUUCGUUUCUACAGAACCAGAAAGUGGCCCCUCACUUAAAGCAUACCCAGUCUUGGACCAGCGAGUAAAUAUCUAUGCGAGAACCUAUAGUUCCUUGGGUUUGGAAGCGGCCACAAGGAUAAUUCUCAAGCAAGAUGAACACGGCUACCAGUCUCCAUGCGUCGUGCCGCAGUUCCCAUUUCUAUCGAAAUAUGCGUCACUUUUGACUUAUGAGACAUCCAUAACUAAUUAUACAGAGUGCUACAAAAACUGCCAGGAUUUUGUCAAGAAAUACAAGGUAACCGUCGCUCGCGACCUAGACAAACGAGACAUCUUUGCGACUUCGUACUUCUAUGAACUUGCAAGACAAGCUGGAAUGAUCUCGAAAGAUGCUGUACAGGGCAAAUUUAACCUAACUUCGAUUGAGGAGUACGCUAAAGAAGCCUGCCGUGUGCCGAUCGACAAGAAGGACAGGUUGUGCUUUGACCUAACUUACCUAUACGCACUACUUCGGGACGGCUUCACGCUGCCGAUCAACAAAACUAUUCAGAUAACUAAGGAGAUCAACGGUCAAGAGGUCGACUGGACGUUAGGCAUGGCACUAUCUCAACUUUACCAGUAACUUACGAACAUCGAUCUGAUGUAGCUGGAACUGUGAGAGAGAUUUAUUUUAAUCAAUAAACGGCGGUAUUCGAGAACGCAUCAACCAACGAUAGGACGCUCAACAGCAGAAUUUAACUAUCGGUCGAAUCGUAAAGUUUCUACCGAUUAAGGCACAUUUUGCGUAAGGCCUUAUCCUACAACACAUGUGUAGCUAAACCAGAACCACCGGCUAUAUGCGGAUUAAGGUUUAUUGAAAUGAGCGAGUAGAUAAUUGUUCAAGUUUACGUUGUUCGAUAAACUUCAGUAACUGCUUAUUCAAUCGAUGGACUCAACUUUGAACGAACAACUAAAUAGCUAUCAGGGUUCAUCUAAGAAGGUUGUUAGUUGCAGUCGUCUUUCAAUUGUGGACGCAUAAAUGGACGAUUAUCAUACAGAAGGCCGAAAACCAUUAUUGUGGCUUAUGAUAUUCUCAAGUAGAUGGCGUUGAAAACAACAAUCUCCCGCAAUCCGUAAAAUCUCGCUUUAUAUAAGGAGACAUGAAAGGAGUGUUUUCUGACCAGGCUUGUAAGAGAGGAGAUUUACAGAAGUGGGAGCCUGGUAAGUAAGCUAUAAUGUAUUUCGUAUUUUCUAAUAAACUGAUUUAAACUAAAACGGCUGACGUUAAUAUAAAGCUAUAUAAACGUAGACACCUACCAAAUGUUGAAUUCUUCAGAAUCUAGAUUUACGUAGAUACGUAGAUAUAAGAGAAUCAGUUUCACGAUAACUGAAAAAAGGUAUACUUGACGAUGGAAAGUUUAUAUUUAUGUAAAAGAGGCUGCUAGUUAGGUUCGUCCUUGAAACAGGUGCCGCUCGAAGUAUUAGCGUACUCUUUUUUAUGCGUUACCCUCCUGUAAGCCUACAUCUAGCCCACUUCGUGUAUUGCACUUUGUGGUUACUACUAAUGGCUUGGUUUAACGAACGUCUUCGUUCCGAAUUGCUUCUUGCAACGCUUUUCAUUAUCCUAAGAAGCUAAACCGACCCCAAGCCAACGCAGAUUGUGGCCCAAAAUCGCAAACAAAAGCGUUUACUAUAAAGAUCUUUCGCAUUUGCUGGUAAGGGGAUUAAGCGUGCUCCUGGGGAAUGUGAGCAGUAUACCCAAAGAGCAACACUGAUUUAUGAGGAAGAAUUUGAUCAAAACGGCACGCAGGAUCCUACUUGCUAAUAUUAAGUAACUUUUUAAACUUUUUUUAAAAUAGUUCUCGGAAACAUACUUACGUAAGGUUUGUAUACUUCGAAGCUGCCUUCGACUUUGCCCUAAGAAAUGCCUCUUAAGCCGAAAUCUACUCGCGGACGUCGGCGUUACCACAACUGUUUCUAGCUUAAUAGCAGCGAUACUCCAUGAAAAUGGUAUUACAAUCGAUAAUGGGAUCUUGAAGUUGUCAGCGUCCUUUCAGAUCACAGGUGUGGCCCAAGGUGAUAACUUGAGCCCUCUUUUUUCUCAGUUCGUAUAAAUGAUCUUUCCGACAAGAUACGUGAGCCCCUAAAUACGGUGAAGAUUCUCCUAUAAUCAGGCGAUUUAGUUUUUUACGUGGGCAGUCGCUUCUAUAUGCAAUAGACCUUCGUCAGGUUAUAUUCCAAGAUCUCGGAAUUCGGAUUAACCAUCAGCCUAACUAAAAUCAGGGCAAUGAAAUUCAGGAGAGGCGAUAGAGUUGCAGCUUGUGAUACGCUAUAUCUCUUUGACUGACCAUUAAAAUUUGUUUACAUACCUAGAAGUGCUGAUUUUGUAUGAUAGGCAAAGUAUCUCCCAGCAUUUUAGAGAAAUAUGUAGAAAGGCUUUGGUAGCUUAGUCGUUAUUCCUUAGAAGGAAGUUGUACCGGACGACCUGCGGCGGGCUUGUCUACCUGCGGGCGGUGAUGUAACUGUUACCCGAGAAUCUCCGUCAGCUCUUGACGAAAACCCAGUAAAAUAGGGUCAAAGAUUCGCAAAAGUCAAUUCCAGUUACUAUCAAAGGUGGCCAUGACGGGCAAGACUCGGAAAGACAAGAACCUUCGCUAGCAUAAUAGACAUGCAAUUGAUGGUUUUCGCCAUCGCCUAUGCAGAACACAGGAGUUCCGACAUGAACCUCUUGAAUCACUGAAUGUAAAAAACGAUGUUAUCUGUAUGAUAAUUUUCGCUGUCCAGAAAUUCUAUCGCUGGGUAGUCAGGCUAAAUAACUAAUCGAUAAACAUAUAGUAACAUGGCGUCUAGUGUACAUAACGCAACCACUGGUGAUAGCUAGAUGACCCCGUGAACCCUGGACCAAUUAUUCCAGAAACGGUUUUAGCCAGGCUCAUGAAGCCAUGGUGUAUGUAUGUAUGGUAUAAGAUAACGUAAUAGAGUUUAGUAUGCCAAGUUGUUAAAUGUCUCUAUUUCAAAUGACUGGAAUGUGAAAUGGCAGAAAUGAGUAAACACAAGUUUGGUUGGUUGUAUACUACUGUGCUUUAAUUAAACACUUUAUUUUCUAACGAAAAUAUAUAUAUACACACAUAUACAUGAAGAAGUUUAGUGUCUUCGAAUGCCGAUGGCGAUUUUAGAGGCCAUCGAUCUUUAUCAUUUACACUUUAUCCAUACAUAAGAUAAACAUGGUACGGGGUUUGAAAUGCAGCGACUGGAGCAGCAAUGGGCAUCACAUGUGGAUACGGAUACCUACGUGUCAAACGAAAAUCAUGUUAAGGAUGACGAAUACCUAGAUCUUAAUUACAUUUUGAAAUAAACGUAGUCUUUAAUAAAGGCUAAUUUCGAAGCUCGCUUGUCUGAAAAUUAAGUCUCUGAUUUAGUCUUUAUGAACUUGCAUGGAGUGUGCUGCGAUGGUGAAGCAGACUACAGUUUAAUGUUCUUUAAGACUCUCUGUCGACGCUUUUUGCGGCGUCACAUGCCUUGCUCCACUUUUAAGGUAUUGUACCUUUUUUUUUUUAGUUAAAAUUCAUAUUACCUGGGAUAGACCAUACAGAUACACGGGUUCAUGUUGGGAGGGCCCAUGCAAAUGCUUCUAGACUGCCAAGACCCAUUAUUACUGCUACGUCAGUUGGGAACGUAACUGCAACAACGGAAGUCAGUAUCAUCCAUGAUGAUGGCCGCAUCGAUCAGAAACAACCACUGUAUUGGACAACGCUAUGUUUCUAUAUAUUCACAGCCUCGAAGUCCCUUCGGUAGCCGCAGUUACAGUGUAU